AUGGUGGCGGCUAGAGGAGGUGGCGGUGGCGGUGGACAUGGUGGCGGGGGUGGUGGACAUGGUGGUGGUCAUGGAGGAUUUGGUGGUGGCCGGGGUGGGUUUGGUGGUGGUCGAGGUGGUUUUGGUGGUGGCCGUGGUGGAUUUGGUGGCAGAGGAUUUGGUCGUGGAGGUGGCGGCGCCUUUUUUGGACCCGGAUUUGGCAGAUAUUACGGUGGCGGUUAUCGAGGUUAUGGUUGGAGAGCGCCUGUUGUUGUUGGUGGAGUGGGUGUUGUAGAGUAUGAGCGGCCCUACUGCUAUUACCAUCCUUGGGUGUGUUAUGACUACUACCACUGA